CCGUUUCUAUUUUCAUCCCCCCUUUGUUUCUCCACCAUGAAGGAAACGAACAUGGCUCCUCCGGUGAACCUCGGAGCUCUGCUGCGGGCUGAGCUCCAGGAGGACGCCGCGCACCGGGAGGACGGGCUGUGCGUCGUCGGCGUGUUCGGGAAGAGCAGCACGCAGACCGGACCGCUGAAGGAGUCCCUCGUGGACGCGCUGGCGGACAAGCACGUCUUCUCCCUGUUCGGCGGCCCGGAGGAGGGCGACUCGGCCGACAGCCACGUCGAGGCGUUCUACGACCAGGACAGCCGGGUCCUGUACCUGCUGCUGUCCUCCGUCUGCGACAGCCGGCAGCUGCUGCGGGCCUGCCGCUCCCUGAGCGCCGGCAUCGGCCAUUCUGACGCCCAUGACUUCUGGAAGGGCCUGGACCGGCAGCACUGCCUGCACCUGCUCUACAUGUUCUCCGUGUGCCACGUCCUCCUGCUGGUCCACCCCAGCCAGACCUUCGACGUGACCUACGACCGGCUGUUCAGGGCCCUGGACGCCCUGCGGCAGAAGGUGCUGCCUCUGAUCCGGGCGGCCAUCAAGGACUGCGCCGUGUCCAAGGAGUGGAAGCUGAACUGCAGACCCUGUCCUCCUCGGCUGCUCUUCGUCUUCCAGAUGAACGCGACUCUGAAGGUCUCUGGGAACGGCUCGGACUCCGGAGGAAACCCAGAUAAACCCAAAAAGCACUCCCCGAGAAGGCGCCUGCAGCACGCUCUGGAGGACCAGAUUUACCGGAUCUUCCGUAAGAGCCGGGUCCUGACCAACCAGAGCAGUAACUGCCUGUUCACGGUGCCCGCCAACCAGGCCUUCGUCUACGUGAUACCGGCAGCGGAUAAGGACCCGGUGAGCACUCUGCUCGCCCAGCUACGCUCCAACUGCGUCCUGUCCGAGCAGGACCCCACGCCGGUGCUGACCGGGCCCAGGAGGUAUCAGCAGAUGCGCCGGUCGGCCCGACAAUCCGGCAGCGGCGGAGAGUCGGGCGGCUUGUCGAUGGGCGGCCAGCUGGUGGACUGCAGCCUGAAGGAGUUCCUCUGGCAGCACGUGGAGCUGGUUCUGACAAAGAAGGGCUUCGACGACAGCGUGGGCCGCAACCCCCAGCCCUCCCACUUUGAGCUGCCGACCUACACCAAGUGGGUCCAGGUGGCCUCCAGACUCUACCAAGUUCUGAUCGCCAACACCGACGAGGAGCUGGCCGAGCUGGCCACCAAGGUGCAGAGCCAGGUGAAGGUUCUGGACGGCUUUCUUGACGCCGACACAAAGUUCUCUGAAAACAGGUGUCAGAAGGCGCUGCCGCUGGCUCACAGCGCCUACCAGUCCAACCUGCCGCACAACUACACCACCACGGUGCACAAGAACCAGCUGGCCCAGGCGCUGCGGGUGUACAGCCAGCACGCCCGCGGCGUGGCCUUCCAGCGCUACGCGCUGCAGCUUCACGAGGACUGCUACAAGUUCUGGAGCAACGGCCACCAGCUGUGUGAGGAGCGGAGCCUGACGGACCAGCACUGUGUGCACAAGUUCCACCUGCUGCCUCAGCCAGGUGAGAAGCCAGACAUGGACCACAACCCACCCAUCAUGAAUCACAACAGCAGGGGGCGCUCCACCAGCUCCUGUAACUGUGGCAGGAAGCAGGCUCCUCGUGAGGAUCCGUUUGACGUCCAGGCUGCCAAUUAUGACUUCUACCAGAUCCUGGAGGAGAAAUGUUGUGGGAAGCUGGAGAGGAUCGACUUCCCGGUCUUCCAGCCCAGCACCCCCGACCCAGCGCCGGCCUCAGACCCGGUCCAGCGGCUCCCGUCUGAGGCGUCGGGCGACGGGGAGAAGCUGAAGGAGCCGAGCACCGCUCAGAGCCACACGCCCGGCGACACCAGCCUCAGCCUGGCUCUCAGUCUGGGCCAGUCCACCGACAGCCUGGGGACCUACGGGGACGGAGACGGGGCCGAAAACCAAGUCCAACCAAAGAGGCCGAGCCUCAUUGACCGUCAGCCCUCCACGGUGGAGUAUCUCCCGGGAAUGACGCACUCGGCUUGCCCCAAAGGCCUCCUCCCGAAGUUCUCCAGCUGGUCUCUGCUCAAACUGGGCCCGGCAAAGUCCUACAACUGCCACACGGGUCUGGAGCAGCCGGGCUUUCUCCCGGGUUCCUCCUUCCUCCUGCCGUGGGACUUGGUGAUCCGCUCCCGGUCGGAGGAGGACGCGGGGCUGACGGAGCCCCUGGACGGAGGCCCGUCGUCUUGGCCGGCCCCCAACAAGAGCCUGGUGGGGAAGCGGGGGAGCACGGGGGGCCUGGGCAGGGGUCGCAGGAGGGACGACGUGGCUCGGGUGUUCGUGGGGUUCGAGUACGAAGACGGCCGGGGGAGACGGUUCAUCAGCAGCGGGCCUGAUAAAAUAGUGAAGGCCCUGGGGCCGGGGGGCGCCAAAGACCCGGCCACCAGGGUGCUGAACACCGACAUGCCGCUCUACGUCCCGUCUCCGUCCCAGGGCAGAGGCCUGAAGCCGCACUUCGCUCAACUGGCCCGUCUUUUCAUCGUCGUGCCCGAUGCGCCGCUGGAGAUAACGCUCAACCCGCAGGUACAACCCGGCCCUCCCCCAUGCCCGAUCUUCCACCCCGAGCAGACGGAGGUGGCGCUGCCGCCCGACGGCUUCUGGGUGCUGCGGUUCCCUUACUCCUACGCCACAGAGCGCGGCCCCUGUUUCCCGCCCAAAGAGAACCAACCCCUCAGCAACUACAAGGUGCUGCGAGGCGUCCUGCGGGCCGCCACGGCCAACCCCCCGCCUCAGUGACCUGUGCUGCACACGGGAACUCAUCCUUUUCUUUUUCAGAACAAAUCAUUUCCGUAUAUAUUACUAAGAUGUAAUGCUCUUUUCAGCUAUCAUGACCAAUGUUCCUGGGCCGUUAAAUACCUUUAAGCUGUGUUAAUUUAUAAAGCAAAGUAGUAACAGGAUGAAGUGCUUCCUAAGUCAGAUUUAUCAGUGAUCGUGUUGUCUGAUUGGUUUUUUUUUUUCUUGGUGCAGCAGCUUUGACUGUUUGCCUGUAAAGCAGCAGGUUUCCACCAAAUGAAGAUUUAAUCUCGCUGGUUUCCCUUUAAAAAAAAAUAAAAAUAAACAUUGACCAAAAUCAUCCUGUGAAUGAACCCGAGUGUUCGAUUUCUGUACAUUUAAAGGUUUUUUUUUUUUUCUAUCUUUAAUAAAAAACCUUUUCUUUGACCAGGGAGAGAAUUUGAAAGUGGGGAAUGUACUGUAAACAACCCGCAGCAGCCAGCAGGGGGCGCUGUUAAUGCGUGUUUUUGUGGCUUCAUGUUGGUCAAAACGCUGAUCGGAGUGCAUUAUGUUCUUGUUUCUGUAAAUAAAUACACAACUUUGUUUAUCA